CAUCAUUGUCCCAGCGUAUGUUACCAAUGGCAGGGGAUGGUUAUGCAAUGAAGGGAAGUGAUUUAGCUGGUUCUGGGAGCAUUUAUGGACCUAGGUCAUCCACUUUAUCUGCCACAAAUAACCUGAAUUUGAAUAGAAUCAACUCGGCUUUGCUAACCGAUCAUGCAAGUUUGCUGUCAAUGCAACAGCUUCCACAUAUAUUAAGACCUCAAAUGUUGGAUCAUUCACAAAAGGUGAACUUCCAGUCCAAUCAGUCCACACAUGAAAAUUUACUGCAAUCACAACAACAAACGCAGCAACUUAAGCAACAGCCUAAUCAGCCUUAUGCACAGUUUGCUCAAAAUCAGCAUCAGCUACAACAGCAUCAAGAAAGCCGGCAGCAGCAACAGCUUGUGCAAAAGAAUGAUACCUUGAGGCAGUUUUCAAUGCCUUCCAAUCUCUAUGGACAGCUAAUGCCCAAGCAUGCGGUUGUAUCCCUUAAUGAAUCAUUGCUUCCACAAGGCACAGAACAAAUUCACCUUCCAGAGUUACAGAGUCAAAACCUGCAGUCUGCUGAUGAUCAUCUGAAAAGUGCUCAAUGGCCAGGGUCUUCAUGCCUCAUUGUCACAGCAAUUAUUGCAUCCACACCAGCAGGAUGAUGAGUUUCAGAAUGAGAUUAGUUGCCUUUCUGGUGGAUCACAACCAGAGGUACUCGUGCCGGUUCAAUGGCAACCCCAAUCAUUGAUGAUAAACCACAUGCCAGAUAAGUCUUCACUUGAACAACACAUCCAGGAGGAACUUCAGCAGAGAUCAGCGGGACAAGAUGAAGCUCAACGACCUCAUAUAUCAUCAGAGGGGUGUCUCACCAGUUCUGCAGCUCCAGCAGUAAGUGCUACAGUGCCACAAUAUUCGAGGGGAGUGACCUGUGGACCUGAAAACUUUACACAAAAAUGAAAUUAUCUCAACCAGCUGAGGUGGCAGUUGUUUUUGUACCAUGCUCGUUGGUGUUCAGCUCGGCAAGGAAAAUGUCAAGAACCUUACUGCAUAAAAGUUCAAGAUCUAGUGAAGCAUUUGGAUAAAUAUGAUAGGAAAGAAUGUCCAUACCCACGCUGCUCAGUUUCUAAGAGACUUGCUAAUCAUUUCCGUAGUUGUGAAGCAACAAAUUGUCCUUCCUGCAUUCCUGUACGUGAAUAUAUAGUAUCAAAUCGAAAGGCACGUGCCCAUUCUCUACCUGAUCCUGGUUUGGUGAGCCAGACUCAUGGCUCAUGUAAAGGCAUCAAUGUGGCAGAAGCUAAGAGAAUGAAGAGAGACAAAACAGCUGUUGAAACUUCCGAUGAUCACCAUUCUUUGCUGAAACGCAUGAGUGCACAACAUAUAUCCCCUUCUGUUGUUCCCAAGAGCGAAUUUUCUCCUAUUUGUGUUCCUCCAAACCAACCCCAUGGUAGAACAGGCACAAGAAGGUGAACAGACUGAUGUGACAAUGCCUACUAAUUCUGAGUUUAUAGGAGGGAAAAUGGAUACAUCAAUGGGCUCUGUGCAUGAAGAUUCAUCCAUGUUUGGCAAUGGUAUCAAUGGGAAUGUGCGCACCAUGAGACCUGAUAUAGAUCAUGGUGUCUCAAAUGAUGUUGAUGGUCAUGCCAAGCAAGAAACUUUGGUGGUUGUAAAAGAGAUUGACCAAGCUAAGACUGAAGUUAAGCAGGAAGCAAAUGAUCCACAAACAGAUCCAAUGGCUGGAACUAAAUCAGGGAAGCCAAAGAUAAAAGGUGUUUCAUUAACUGAGGCUGUUCACUCAGAACAAGUUAGGAAGCAUAUUGUUAGUCUGAGGCAAUGGGUUGGUCAGCUACGAUUACCUUGGAAGAAGAAGUCAUCCCUUUUCCGGUGAUUGGCUGCAUAGAUUACCAGAACUUGCAAGGCUGUUGGAAGAGUGCAUAUUCAAGGAUGCUGCUAGAAGGAAGAUUACGAGUAUGGUGAUGGAGCCAGUUGAGCACCAUUUGCAAUUGAUAAUGAGGAGUUUACCAAACCACAGCCCUUUGUUGCAUAAUUUCACAUCUUUCUCUUCUCUGAAUACAAUGGUUCCAACAACUGGUAUACCCCAUAAUGGCGGCACAAAUUCUGGAGUUUCUUCUGCAGCAGAAAACUCUGAUAUUACAGCCAGUGGUGCUGGUAUAGGCAUUGCCAACAUGGGUAACUUAUUACCAACUGGAAAUGGCUUAACUGAUGGUGCCUCCUUCAAUGCAUUUAAUGGACCAAUAUCUAAUGGGUACCAGCACCCACCUGCCAAUGCUGCCUUUGGUUCUGGUGGAAACAGUAUAUCAAUGGCUUCAAUGGGUAUCCCACGACAACUAAGGCAAAUGGUACCAACUCCUGGGUUUAGUAAUCUACAGGCAGUGUCCAUGAACUCUGGAUGCUCCAGUGGAAUUGGGCUUUCCAGCAUUGAGUCCAGUGUGGCUCCACUGUCGCAGCAACCAAAGCAGUAUGUUGGAAGUCAAAACAGCCAUAUAUUGCAUCAUAUUGGAGGCCAAAUUGGUGCUGCUGUGAGGUCUAAUUUGCAGCAGAAGCCUUCAGUGUAUGGGUUUACAAAUGGACUUAUGAAUGGUGGGUUAGGGUUAAUUGGGAGUAACAUGCAGCUGGGAAAUGGGCUUGUGGCAUCAGAGGGCCACAUUAGUACAGCUCAUUAUGGUAGCUCUCCAAAACCUAUACCGCAGCACUUUGAUCAGCAACAUCACUGACAAAGGAUCCCAACAUCAUUGUCCCAGCGUAUGUUACCAAUGGCAGGGGAUGGUUAUGCAAUGAAGGGAAGUGAUUUAGCUGGUUCUGGGAGCAUUUAUGGACCUAGGUCAUCCACUUUAUCUGCCACAAAUAACCUGAAUUUGAAUAGAAUCAACUCGGCUUUGCUAACCGAUCAUGCAAGUUUGCUGUCAAUGCAACAGCUUCCACAUAUAUUAAGACCUCAAAUGUUGGAUCAUUCACAAAAGGUGAACUUCCAGUCCAAUCAGUCCACACAUGAAAAUUUACUGCAAUCACAACAACAAACGCAGCAACUUAAGCAACAGCCUAAUCAGCCUUAUGCACAGUUUGCUCAAAAUCAGCAUCAGCUACAACAGCAUCAAGAAAGCCGGCAGCAGCAACAGCUUGUGCAAAAGAAUGAUACCUUGAGGCAGUUUUCAAUGCCUUCCAAUCUCUAUGGACAGCUAAUGCCCAAGCAUGCGGUUGUAUCCCUUAAUGAAUCAUUGCUUCCACAAGGCACAGAACAAAUUCACCUUCCAGAGUUACAGAGUCAAAACCUGCAGUCUGCUGAUGAUCAUCUGAAAAGUGCUCAAUGGCCAGGGUCUUCAUGCCUCAUUGUCACAGCAAUUAUUGCAUCCACACCAGCAGGAUGAUGAGUUUCAGAAUGAGAUUAGUUGCCUUUCUGGUGGAUCACAACCAGAGGUACUCGUGCCGGUUCAAUGGCAACCCCAAUCAUUGAUGAUAAACCACAUGCCAGAUAAGUCUUCACUUGAACAACACAUCCAGGAGGAACUUCAGCAGAGAUCAGCGGGACAAGAUGAAGCUCAACGACCUCAUAUAUCAUCAGAGGGGUGUCUCACCAGUUCUGCAGCUCCAGCAGUAAGUGCUACAGUGCCACAAUAUUCGAGGGGAGUGACCUGUGGACCUGAAAACUUUACACAAAAAUGAAAUUAUCUCAACCAGCUGAGGUGGCAGUUGUUUUUGUACCAUGCUCGUUGGUGUUCAGCUCGGCAAGGAAAAUGUCAAGAACCUUACUGCAUAAAAGUUCAAGAUCUAGUGAAGCAUUUGGAUAAAUAUGAUAGGAAAGAAUGUCCAUACCCACGCUGCUCAGUUUCUAAGAGACUUGCUAAUCAUUUCCGUAGUUGUGAAGCAACAAAUUGUCCUUCCUGCAUUCCUGUACGUGAAUAUAUAGUAUCAAAUCGAAAGGCACGUGCCCAUUCUCUACCUGAUCCUGGUUUGGUGAGCCAGACUCAUGGCUCAUGUAAAGGCAUCAAUGUGGCAGAAGCUAAGAGAAUGAAGAGAGACAAAACAGCUGUUGAAACUUCCGAUGAUCACCAUUCUUUGCUGAAACGCAUGAGUGCACAACAUAUAUCCCCUUCUGUUGUUCCCAAGAGCGAAUUUUCUCCUAUUUGUGUUCCUCCAAACCAACCCCAUGGUAGAACAGGCACAAGAAGGUGAACAGACUGAUGUGACAAUGCCUACUAAUUCUGAGUUUAUAGGAGGGAAAAUGGAUACAUCAAUGGGCUCUGUGCAUGAAGAUUCAUCCAUGUUUGGCAAUGGUAUCAAUGGGAAUGUGCGCACCAUGAGACCUGAUAUAGAUCAUGGUGUCUCAAAUGAUGUUGAUGGUCAUGCCAAGCAAGAAACUUUGGUGGUUGUAAAAGAGAUUGACCAAGCUAAGACUGAAGUUAAGCAGGAAGCAAAUGAUCCACAAACAGAUCCAAUGGCUGGAACUAAAUCAGGGAAGCCAAAGAUAAAAGGUGUUUCAUUAACUGAGCUGUUCACUCAGAACAAGUUAGGAAGCAUAUUGUUAGUCUGAGGCAAUGGGUUGGUCAGGUUAGCUUUUGCACUUUAAAAUAUUUCUAGAUUACUUUUGUAACAUGCAGCAUAUUUAUUAUUAGCAUCAGGUUCAUGCAUUUUUAAUUAGUAAAGAUUUGCUAGCUCGGUAAUUCUCAUUGA